CUUCCGCUCCCGCUCCCGCAAAAUAGCACCAUGGAAACGAGAGACGUCGCGACUUGUCCGCUUAUUCUUAAUAUUGGCGGACGAGGGGAGAUCAUCUUCGCGGUCCGAAAAAAAGGUUCAAGUUUGUAACGGACGGCACAUUCCCGAGUUUCGUGGAACACAUGAUGGCCCGAAUGUCCCUAAAUGAAUUAAUAAUUUUCGGAUGGAGGAAAAUAUCACACAGGUGUGGUCUGAUGUUUUUUUUUUUUUUUUUGUCUCCUCACCCGUCAAGGGGCUGUAUGCGCAGGAAGCAAGGGACCAAAUGGCGGGAUAUGAAGAUCGCCUUCACCUAUCUUCAAUUAGUUAAGCGAGCUAGUGGUGUCAACGUCUCUAUCGGCGCUGCCGAAGCUUCACGGCCGAGGAGCAGUCUAGACUGGGUUGCUCUAUAUGAUCCGAAGUGACAGGCCACGUCGUCUGACGUGGACGCCCGGCAUGCAUCUCUCAUGACAUUUACUCCGUAGAGUCGAGCCAUAUUAUGGUCGGCCUUGCUG